GCUUCAUUCGUGUUUUGAUCCUCAAACUGUGAACGUCGUGUGCUUUGUGACCGUCGGGUAUUCCUUCUCUCCUUUUCGUUUCUCUAUACUAAUAUGUCGUUGACAGUGUUGUUGUUAUUCCAUUAAGGAAGAUUGGGAACAAAUCGCAUAUUGUCGCGAAUGUGUGUUCGUUCGACUCGGUAGUUGCGAAACAGAAGUAAUUUUAUUUCCACGUUGAAGGAAUAUACAACGAAAAUACGUGAAAGUGGAUGCGAAUAAGACACGGAAUAUAAGUGCUAAUUGUGAAACUCUUUUCGAAUGAACUUUAUUGUUUACGCACUGCAGCAGUUGUGACAAAGGAGGCGUAAAUUAAGCUACCUUACGAUCUGUAGGUGUGUUUGUGUGCACAGGCUACUUAAUAUGCAAGACUAUGUCAUUGAUAUAGUAAAAAGUAAGCCAUCGAUUUUUAUGCACAUAAAUUGCUUGAAAUAAGCAAGCAGAAAGCAUUGGUUUAGCAAAGGUGAAAAAAGUGAUGAUUUGACGCUUAAGUGUUAAUAAUAAGCUAGCAGCAGCCGCAGCAGAACAUACCAAGUGACCUUAUGGCUAAACAGCAAAGCAUAAAGUGAUAAAUAAAUACAUUCUAUUAAAAACGCACUCGCCUUGAAAGCGAUUUGGAAUCGUCAUCUUUUAAACAAGUGUAUCUUGAUUCAAGCUGCAGAAGUAGUGGUGUGGCACGAAGAAGAAAACAAACAAGUGUCCAACCGAGUAUAUUGAUAAAUUCUGGGCUUCACUCACCGAUCGGUGAUAAGCAAUUCUUAGAAAUCACGUUAAAAAACAUGCGAAACAACACAAACGGCAACAACAUGGAAUCGUCAUUCUACGAAGAUAGCAACGGGCAGUAUGUUCCGGUCACAACGCAAGCACAAACUAGCGCCGGAAGCAACCUAAAAAGGCCGGCCACACUGGAGCUCAACUCCAGCAAGAGCCGAAAAGCACGCUUCAAUGCCUCGGUGACAGCGCCACCAGUGAUAACAUCGCCGGAUCUGCAAGUGCUCAAACUCGUCUCACCGGAACUGGAAAAGAUCAUUAUCAAUAGUGCCGCUCUGCCGACGCCAACGCCUAGCAGUAUACUUUACCCAACAAAGGCAACCACCGAACAGGAACAAUUUGCCAAAGGCUUUGACGAAGCUCUGCUCUCCAUGCGCGAAAAAGAUAACAUCAACAAGAUGAACAACAACAAUAACAACAAGAGCAUCAACAACAACCCAGCCACGACAAUCGCCGCGAUAUCGGCCAUAUCUACCGCCACCACUACCACUCACAACACGAUGAGUGGAGGUGACAUCACCUACACCGAUCUCGAACCCUACCCAGGAGUGAUCAAAGAAGAACCCCAAACCGUGCCACAAUCGUCCCCGGUGAGCCCGAUCGAUAUGGAGAACCAGGAGCGCAUCAAGCUGGAGCGCAAACGACUACGGAAUCGGGUGGCCGCCUCCAAGUGCCGCAAGCGGAAGCUCGAGCGAAUCUCCAAACUCGAGGACAAAGUUAAGGACCUGAAGACACAGAACAACGAACUACACAGUAUAGUGUUCAACCUGAAGCAGCAUGUCAUUCAGUUGAAGCAGCAGGUGGUUGACCAUGCCAACUCCGGAUGUACCAUCACCCUAACGGGGAAGUUUUAGAUAUGAUGGUGAUCACGUGAUCGUUCUCAUUCAGUUACCCAUGAAAGCCGUAGCCACUGUAGGCGACACAGUUAAUACUUCACUAUCCCGGUAUAGAAAAAUCACAUUCAAAAAAAAAAAAUACAUUCAAAUUUCAAAAUCGAUUUCUGCCAGUUUCGUUGUAAGAAUGCGGAAAUAAUAGUCAACAUGGAACUAAAUUAUUUGAUAUGAAAAUGUGAACAUAUUUUUGCUCAUUUUCGUUUUUUCUUUUUACUUGUGCAAAAAAUGGCAAUGCGAAUUUCAGUUGAGUGCGAAUGCCUCUAGGAAUAAUAUUCGUCGGUACAUGCUGUAACUCCGCUUUUUUGUUUCAGCUUAUUGCAUUUUUCUCUACGCUUCUUUGUGUUGCAAUUUGUUGUAAAUUACAAAGAAAUCAUACAUUAAUUUUGUGCGCCUACGCUGGCAAUGCUUACCCGUAGAUCAAUACAGAUCAUAACUAGAAAUUAUUUAUUAUCCAACUUCCUGCGAUCGCUUAUCCCUCAUAAUUUGUAUUCAAAACAUUAGAAUAAGAAAAACUAGAUUACACACUCUUCAAAGCGAGUACGCUGCUUAAACGACGAUAAACAACAGAAAUGCCUUACGAAAUAGAGAAAAAAAAAACACGCGAAUAGUGGUUUACCAUUUAGUAGAACACUAAGCUACAACUAGAACUAGUAUGUCAAAAAACGCUUAAACAUUUUAGUUUUAACCCGACGCGUUAUCAAUCCCAAAACAAAACAAGGAUAUUCUAGUCGUCUCCCGAUUGAUGUUCGCGAACAAUGUAAUUGUGAGCGUUUUUAGUAUAGUUUUAUUUCUGUUUUGUUCGAACAAUUGCAAAUGAAUCCAUUGUGUCAUAUUAAGCCAGCCCCACGUAACACAGCAGAUGUUCAACUUUUUCCAACAGAAGAUUUUGAAUUCGGUAUGUUGUUAAGGAUUAAUUAUUUUGUUUCAGUUAUGUUUGAUGAGGAUUCUUAAGUUUUUCAGGACACUGUAGUUAUAUUUUUAUUUAAUAUAAAAUUUAUUUGAUUUACUGGCAUGCAACAACCAUGUUUCACAAAAUGCAUUAGUGAUAGAUGUACAUAAUUUAAAUGAUAUUUACAAUAAAAUUUCCGUUUUGUCAAAUUUCA